CUUAUCAUCUUUGGUUACAGGUAAAUGUAAGAGAGAGAAGGCAUAGAUGUAACAGCCACCAGGUCACACUGAGUUGGAAACUGCUGUGUGACAAAACUGCGUGGGAAAUGUUGCAGAUCUCCGUGCUUCUGAUCCUCUUGAAUCUUGCGCUCUGUUGGCUCACCCAAGAUAGAAAUGUGGAGCUCCAUGUUGACCCAGUUUCACUUUUGGAAGGAGAGAGACUAAAAUUGAAUUGUCGGUACAAAUACUAUAUUUGGAGGAGCAAGGAUUCUGUCUUUUAUAAAAAUGGCAAGAAGAUCCAUGCAGUGUGGUUCCCAGGACGUGAAUCAUCGUAUAGCACUAAAGUAAACAGCACCAAUGACAGUGGAUGGUACAGUUGUAAAAUUGGUGGGUCGGAAUCGCGAAAUGUUAGUGUUCAGGUUCGAGAACGCUUUGCCAAGCCCUUGCUGAGGGUGGAACCGGCGCCUGAAGUAUUCGAGGGCCUCCCGGUCACGCUGACGUGCACUGUCCGGGAGGCAAGGACCUCCGUCCACUUUCACUACUCAUUUUACAGAGACAGCGCCGGCCUAGAGGCCGUGCCUGGUCAUGACUUCAUGUACACUAUCAACGCAGCGACUGUAAACGUUUCUGGGAAUUAUGCCUGUGAAGCAAUCGAGACGGUUCACAGUCUGAGGAAGAGGAGUGACAGCAUUUACAUUUCCAUUAAACAGGCGUUCGCUGUCCCUAUAUUGAUCAUGCAUCCUGAGGAACAGCUGUUUGAUGGCCAAAGGGUUAAACUGGUGUGCUGGGUUGAAGCGAACCCCUCCCAAGCUUCCUUGCGGUUCAGCUUUUACAGAAAUGGGCUCCUUCUCCAGUCUCCAUCUGACCUCAGUGAUUACAUCUCUGAGUCAGCUCGUCCGGCAGACUCGGGGACUUACCAUUGUGAAGUCACAGACGGGAAGCUGUGGAAACGCAGUAAUCAGCUUUAUUUAUCCAUCAGGCGAAUUCCAGUGUCAAAACCGGAACUAACAAUUCAUCCUGGAAAGUAUCUAAUCGAAGGAGACACAGGAUCCUUAAUCUGUUCGGUCUCCAAUGGUUCUCUGCCGAUUUAUUACCAAUUCUACAACAGCUCAAACGUGGAACUGUACAGGGAGCUUUCCAACAGCACUGAGCUUGUUUACAACAUUGGAGCUAUCAAUAGAAGGGACGAAGGGCUUUACCAUUGCUCAGUGAGAAAUGAGGUGACAGGCCCUCAGCACAGUGAAGACAUAGAGAUCACAGUGAUAGGUGAGUUCACAAGGACUCUCUCCCAAAGAGUAACUGAACCAUCAGUUCAGGGAAUACUGCUGCUGAGACCAACUCAAAGCUGGUGCUUCGUCGUUGAACAUCGCACCUUAGGCUAA